AUGCCUAGUAGAAGAGUGGGUAUCUUCCUUGUCUAUAAAUCAGAGCAGUUUUGGAGCUAUGCAGCUUUGUUUGGAGCUGUGCGGCUCUGUUUGGAUUUGUAUGGCUCUAUUUGGAGCUAUACAACUCUAUUUGGACCUGUGCGGCUCUGUUUAGAGCUAUACGGCUCUAUUUGGAGCUGUGCGGCUCUGUUUGGAGCUAUGCAUCUCUAUUUGGAGCUAUACGACUCUAUUUGGAGCUACGCGAUUCUGUUUGGAGCUAUAUGGCUCUAUAUGGAGCUAUACGGCUCUAUUUGGAGCUGUGCAGCUCUGUUUGGAGCUAUGCAGUUCUAUUUGGAGCUAUACAGCUCUAUUUGGAGAUGUGCGACUCUGUUUGGAGCUAUACGGCUCUAUAUGGAGCUAUACGGCUAUAUAUGGAGCUAUGCGGCUCUAUUUGGAGCUGCGUAA